AAGCUAUCACCUUGCUAAUCCUUGCUGUCCAAACUGGCCUCAUUGAGCUGCAGGAGUUUGUGGAAGCACUUCCGUGCAGUUUCUCUCUGUCUCUUCCUGCUGAUCUUUCCAGCGUACAUGGCUUAUAUGAUCUGCCAGUUCUUCCACAUGGACUUCUGGCUUCUCAUCAUCAUCUCCUCCUCAAUCCUCACCUCUCUCCAGGUUGCGGUGUGCGUGGUGUGCUAUGGUGUAUCAGAGACUGUAUUUGGCGAGUGGAGUGUGAUGGGAAGCACCAUCAUCUUGGUCCACUCGUACUAUAACGUCUGGCUCAGAGCCCAGCUGGGCUGGCAGAGCUUCCUGCUCAGGAGAGAUGCUGUAAACAAGAUAAAAAGCCUCCCUACAGCUAGCAAUACACAGCUGGAGCAGUAUAAUGACAUCUGUGCUAUCUGCUUCCAGGACAUGACCAGUGCUGUGUUCACUCCGUGCAGUCAUUUCUUCCACGCUGGCUGUCUGAUGCCCUCUCUGUCGUUCACAACCAAGAGCCAAUCACCAACUAACGGUGGAGCUACCCAAGGUACACCUGCAGCCAAUCAGAACCCUGCAGGACAGGAAGAAGGCACUCUACUGGAUGACAGGAAAGAGGGAGCGUCAGUAGAGCAGGAGGGAGAUAAUGAAACUGCCACAUCAGCUGGGGAAACCUCCGCUUCCACCUCCCCACUGUGGAACCUCCUCCACACCCCUCCACCUCCUCCUCCAUUCAACCCCUGA